GCUUACUCAGCUAAAAGACACAAAUUCUCCGGAUAAAUAUUAGUCCGCUUGGUUAUUGCCACAAAGCGAUUCUUCUCCAUCCAGACCUCACUCGUUCUCACGUCCAUUCGGUGAAUGUUGAUGUUGACUAUUGCCUCCUGCUGGCUUGGGAGAGCAGAGGCCCAACCAUUCUCUCAAAAGACAUUUUAUCUGAAUCACUACCCCACAAACCAUCUUGGGGAGGGUUGCAGACCAGUCGUUGGAUUCUAUUUAUGGAUCAGGUGUGUUUUGGCGCCCAGCGCCAAAUGAGACCCAUACACACCACGCUCCUGUUUCAACUGCAGUCGUUUCAGUUGUUUGGCUGGCUGGAAACCGGGCUAUCUCAUUUAAUUUAUCUUUUUAGAAAAAGGACUAUCUCUUUAGGUGUUUCCAACUGCGCGGCUAUUAACUAGCCGCAGCAUCAAGGGGUGUUUUAUCAAAAACCCCUGAGCAGCUCUGUUGCUCUAUAUACCUAAUUUAUCAAACACCCCCUGGACUAUCUUUGCUCUCUGGUUCAAUGGAGUUUGGAUGAAAUCACACAGCUACAGCGUCGGUUUCAUCAACCGCUACCGGAGUUGUGGAAUUUUCCUUCAUGUCCUGUCCAACGGUGCAAUCAAGCAGUGACGCCAUGUCGAAUUUUGAUCCGGAGAACUCUGGAAAGAAGCGAUCUCAUUUUGCUAUGCUAGGGAUGAAAGCGGAGGAUAAAUUGGCGUUGGAUGCCCUCGAUCAAGACAUUGUUUUAGACAUCAAUUCAAUCGAUUAAUACUCUUACAUCCCACGUCUCAAUACAUAUCUUGAGUUGGUUCUCAUAGUUAUAAUUUCUGUCCACUUUUGCUUCUAUCAGCCUUUUACCAUAUUCACUAUGCCUGUCGCAACUGCCACCCCGAGGAAGGACCGGCUUUGGGGUCAUGAUAAACGAUCAAGACGCUCCAGCCCUUCAUCCUCCAGUGGAACAUCGAUUAUAGGGUAUAGUGAGACGGAUUCCGAGUCAUACGAGGACUCCAUGCCCCUAUUGAGGAAGCCGUCCCCAAGCCGGUCCAAGCAGCGUGCCCCGAGGAUAUCCAUAGAUACUUCAAAUUUAGCCGAAAGAGAUAAAGCAACAUCUAGCAGUCUAUCCAAAGGACUAAUAUCACCCAUUUACAAGACCAUAUAUCCUAUUAGCGCCAAGGAUGUCAAUACCUGCCUCUCUCCAGUCUAUAAGGUUAUAUACCCGCGGACCGACGACAAAGACGGCAACCCCCAAUCACCUAUAUAUGAAACAAUUUACCCUCGUCAUACCAGGAGGCACAGUCUUGUCCUUAAAUCACCCAUUUUUGAGACGGGGUAUCCUCGCGAGAAGGAGCCUAGCACCCCUGCACCCGCGUCCCCCGCUUCUCCAAUAUACGUCACUAUUAGGCCCCGAUCCAAAGACUGUGAUUACAGUAAUCAGGAUGUCGCGGAACAUCAAGCUACCUCCCCAAUGGUCAUGUUCAGAGAUGGACAGCAUAAAGUAACAUGCACCAAAGGCCAUACCAUCUGGCUACCUGAAUCCGAAAACACUGCAUCACAGCGUCGUAGACAGAAAUGUUGCAGCUGCGAAAUCCAGGAGGAGAUCAAGACAUCUUGCGCCAAAUAUCAAAAACCAGAUAUACAGCGACGGUGUUCCACCAGCAGCUAUGGAAUGACUGGGUAGGCAUCAUUGAUAAGGACAAUCCCAACGCACGCUUUCCUUUUCACUAACUCUUUCUGCGGCCAUCUAGACUGAAAAGGAAUCGUGAUGGAUCCUUGGACUUCGUGCGAAGCAUUCGCGGUCUCAAUGUCCCACAGACCACCAAUCUUCUCGACAUUCUUCACUCUAAGCCUUCCCUUUAUGACACUGCGGCGGGGCGAUAUGCCCGCCUAGAUAAGCCGAAGCAUCGAUCUAAUUUGGAUAGUGUCUUUAGCUCACUCGCCAUUCAUCUGAAUGUAGCGACGCUGAAAACAAAAUCCCAAGCUCGGAGUCCCGUACUGUUGCGUUACAGAACUUCCAUUUUUACCAAAUGAACACCCAACAACGUAUCUCGGAUCUAGCUUCCAUUUCACUUGUGGCUAUAAGACAAAUGGGGCGCCCUGAUCCCCAUGAACACCAACGCUGUUUCCGAGCCUUAAGCGUCCUUGAAUAAACACACUAAGUUCGGCUGACUGUGCCUCACGACCCCUUCCUGUUGAGUUUUUAAUGUAGUUGUCCUUUUAUGCUUUCUUCUCUCCUUUCCUUUCCUCUGUCACUCCAUAGUAUAAUUUGGUACGUCCUCGCACACCAAAGAUACCCCAUUUCCCCUUUCAUCCUAGCAGGUGGACUUUCUACCAGCGUGCACCUUUACACUCCCAUCGGCUGUACAUGCACUCAAGUCUUGUCAAGUUAUUCUUGCUUCCAGUUAUGCAGUUCUUUUUCUUUUUCUUGUGUUAUUGUCAUAAGUAUUUUCUGACGCCUGACAGUUUCCUAAUUUUAAAAUUAAAUUUAAUUCUCUACAUUAACUAUAUAUUAUUCCCCUGGCGUAUUUCCGCACGAUGGGGUAUUUUCAAAUCUUUAACAAUAAAUAUUUACGCGACAAGAAGAGCUCUAGCUGUGUAUAAGAAAUGGAACACAUCUAGGGUGAGCUCAGUUGAUGCAUACUGACAGUAUCCCUGGGGGUACCCGCGACGGUGCAUUUACGAGCAGCCUACGGAGUACACUGUCCAAGGCGCCCAGGGUUAUCCUAGGCUGGAUAGGAAUACAGCGCCACGAGGACAAACGCUGGGGGAGUACAUACAGAUACAAACCGUGGUAUCGCUGUUCGCGACAUCCCCUAUCACUUGUGUGGGUUUGGCAGCAGAGGAGGGAGAGUUAUCUAAGAUUUCCUUUCCUUCUUCAGCCACAACAGGGAUGGAUAGCUUUCAAUUAGCAAUGUUAUAGUAGCCUAUAGUGACAUUUGAGUCAAAUGAGUAUUUUUGAUGUUUUUAUACUAGUGUUACCAUGUACAUGCAUCAAUUAUAUUCAUUUAAUUUGUAGUCAAACAGAGCGGAUUGAUUAAAAAUCUACAGGGUAACUUACUCUGUACUCUACUCAGAGCUGUAAAAAAAUAAACUUUGUAAGCAGUUA